AUGGAUACGCUGACCUAUUUACUACGUGUUAUACUUACAAUAGAGAUAGUCAUCGGAGCAUUUGGUAAUACAAUCAAUGUAUUAAUCUUCACUCGCAAAAAACUUCGUCACAAUUCCUGCACACAAUACUUUCUGGCUGGUUCGAUCAACAAUCUACUAGUUGUGUCUUUUCUGUUUAUUUACGUUUUGGUAACAAAUGGUUAUGAGAUCCCAUUGUUUGCACAUUCCUCAAUCUUUUGUAAAAUCAAUUGUUAUCUAUCUUAUUUAAUCUACAACCUUUCACCGUAUUUGCUAGUACUAGCUAGUUUUGAUCGCUUCUGCUGUUCGUCUUCAUUAGUCGUACUACGAUCACUGGCGGACGUUCAUAAAGCACGGCGAUACCUUUGGGCUAUGUUGGUUAUAUUCAUAAUUAUUUUUACACCGUUACCAUUCUUCUAUGAUAUAUCUUCAACCGAUCCUCCUCAGUGCGUUAGUACGAAUCAAAAGUUCAAUACCAUUUGGUCGAUUUUUCAACUAAUAUUUUAUGCGUUACUUCCACCUGUUUUAAUGACUAUCUUUGGCCUUUUGACCUUGUGGAAUAUUCGAUUUCAACGACAACAUAUUCAGCCCAUGAUUAGGUCUAGACAGUUACAUAGACGAAAAGAUCAACAAUUGCGUCGUCGUUCAGACAAUGCUGUUUUACGUAUGUUGAUCUUUCAAAUAUGUGCCUAUAUUCUUUGUGUCACUAUGCUCUGUGUCAUGGUGGUAAUGAUCAAUACUGUUUCUUAUCCAACACCAUUGAUGGUGACGUUUGUUCGGAUUGCUAUGCUACCCUUUUAUCUAUCACAUUGUACGUCGUUUUAUAUUUAUACACUGAGUGCAAAACUGUAUCGAAAAGAGUUUCUUGCUGUCGUUCGCAAAGUAGUUCAACGUAUACAGAAGGUGUUAAGAUACAUUGGUUCAUCUUGUACAAGCUAG